AUGUCGUUCACGAAGAAGAAGAAGGCGACGAACUUCGACGACCUCGUCAAGGUCGUCCUCGAGACGGCCUUCCGCGAGAUCGAUCUCGACGGCGACGGCACGCUGGACUCCGAGGAGCUCAAGGCCGUGGGCUUCUCCAUCGAGGUCAUGCAGCGCUUCGACACGAACCGCGACGGGAAGCUCGACCAGAGCGAGUUCGUCGACGCCCUGAGCGCCGCCGUGUCGACCAAGUCCGACCCCGACGCCGCCAACAAGAUCGUGUCCGAAUCCGUGCAGCUCGUGACGCGCGUGCUCAAGGACCGGCACAAGAAGGACGCCGCCGCCUCGCAGGAGCUCACCGCCGCCGCCAAGGCCGCGGCCAAGGAGCUCGCGGCGGCGAAAGCCGAGCUCGGCGCGCUCGCCGAGGGCAAGGCGGCCAUGGCGCGGGAGCUCGCGGCGUCGAAAUCCGAGGCCUCCGCCGCGAACGCGAAGAUCGCCAAGCUCAUGGCGUCGGACUGCAAGGGCGCCGCGCCCUGCGCGCCGGCGCCCGUCGCCGCGCCGGCGGCGCCCGCCGCCGCGGCGCCCAGCGACGCCGCGGAGUUCGGCUUCCUCGUCCGCACGGGCGCGCUCCUCGCCCUCGGCGGCUGCUUCCUCGUCGCCGCCCAGAGCAUGGGCGUGCUCGACGAGGCGGGCCUCGUCGCGAUGGGCCUGCCGCCGCCCGCGGCGACCUUGCUCGCCGCCUUCGGCCCGAGCUGUCCUGCGUGCCCGCCCUGCAAGCUCUUCGGCCGCGGCCGCCGUUGA